AUGUCGGGAGAACUAGGAAGUUGGGCUGACUCAGACCCUGAAUCACCGCCACCAGUUCCUCGUGGUAGCAGCGGCGGGGGUGCCAGUGUUGGAGCUUCGUCGUCACAAGAAAACGGUGGUGAUGGUGGUGGAGACGGUGAUACUUCUCAGGUAUCUUCCGAGUCACUGGAUUUGAAUAAUAGCGGCAGCACUGGAACUAGUGAAUUGUGGACUGACCGGUCGAAUGGAUUCGAUGCUCAGAGUAACCGACUGAGAAGGAAGACCGGUUUCAGUCAGCUGCCAAUGGCUUCUGAAGGUGAUCUUGGUCCAGCUGAUACUGGAUCCCAUGUUAGAUCUGAUGUUGAUGGUAGUUCUGAUCCCCAGUCUGAUAACCGUGCUGGUAGUGGUGCUGGUGGUGACAUUGGUACUCGGAGAUAUAACAAUGGCAGCGGCAAGGGCGUUGACAGUGCUGCUGAAAGUGGAUUACUUUAUGUAACUGGUGGGAGCAGUAAUCACCAGCCAGUGGCUAAUGAUUCCACUGGAGAUAAGUUUGUGUCUGAUGCCAAGGGUUCUGGUGAUGCAAGUAAAGGCAAUGUUGCUGGAAGUAAUCGCGAGGUGGGAUAUGGAAGUAUGGGUGAUUCUCUGUCUGGAUCUGGUCAUGUCAACAGAGCCAACCGUGUAUUUGGUAGCAAUACUGGCAGUGGCGUCAAUAGAGUGAAUGGUGCCAAUAGUAGUAACGGUGUUAAUUCUAAUGAUGCUAGUAAUGGUGGUAAUAGAGAAACUGGUAGUAAGGGUGUUAAUGGUGUUAAUGGAGUAAAUGGUAGAAAUAGCGGUAAUGGUGCUAAUGGUGUUGAUGAUAGCAACAGCAGUGAUGGUGCCAAUGGCACUGUAAGGUUGUCAAAAUCACAGUCGCCACGAGUUCUCGGACCCAAAGGGUUUGUAAAAGAUGUCGAGACGAGCCUCGAGCAGGAGAUUAUUAACGAGUCGAGUCCUCUUCUCCAUCGUCUUGAAGACUCUUUGCUAGGAGAUUCCGGAAAUACUGGCUAUACAGGUGGUGUCAGUGAGGAUCCUGAUGAGCCUGACUCAUCUUCUCCCUAUGAUGACCCACUCAACAGUUUAUCUAUUCGGUCACUGCGAGUUCUACUCUACGUAUUGACCACUCUAUGGUCGGGCUGGAUCACACUGCUCAUUAUCAACGUGUUUUCUCAUAUCUCUUGGCUUGACGAACCCAGUGUUAGCUCUGCAUUUACCCAGCUCGACAUGGCACUCAUGUCUCUGGCCCAAGUUAUCUCUUCGCUCAUGUUUUUCAGAAACACUAAUAGUGCUGAUAGGAGCAUUGAAUAUGUCACUACUGCCAUUGUUCUGUUGGACCUGGUGGUAGUACUGGCAGUUCCUUCUCAACGCAUCAAAAACGGGUCGAAAGGUGGAUUAAUAACCACUGUUGGUUCAUUAGUCACCUUUGUACUUACUCCACUCACUGACCGAGUGGUAGAAUAUGCCGGGAAACGUCGUGACGAGGGCCGUAUACACCAAUCAGUUCGGGGCUUGCCUAUUAACAUGUCUUCAUUUUCACAGUAUGCUCGUAUGACGGCACUAUUUUUCAUUCGAGGUCUGAUUCUUGUUUCUGUUGCCCUGAUAUCAACCAACAUGGUGCUCGAAACAUACGACAGCGCUGUGCUUCAACCUCCUGGCAAGAUUAUCCCAAUUAGUUUGCAAAACAUAACUUAUUCUCCUAUCCCUUCACCUACUCCUUCCCCUCCAUAUUCCGCUUCGUUUUUCUCUCCAUUUUCCAUUUAUGAUGAAUCCACACCUAAUGCUAAUAAUAACGACACUACCACUAUCAAUAAUUCUACUAUUGGCAUCCAUAUUUAUUGCACUGAUAUCAACAAAGAUACCACCAACCCGAAUCUCACCGUUCUUCUUGAAACCGGAGACUCUCCGGCCCUCAGCUUUUCCUCGUGGGCACUUGAACUUCACGAGCGAGGAGAUAUUGCUCAAGUAUGUUAUUGGGACCGACCUGGUUUCGGGUUUUCCGACCAGGCACCAUCACCUCUGUCUGCCGGCGUAGUUGCCAAUAUCCUUUUCGAAACGCUGAAUCGCACUCUUGACGAGGAGCUGCCAUCGAAAUACGUGCUAGUAUCUCACGACGUUGGCGGGCUCUAUUCUCGUAUAUUUGCAUCGCGACACUGUUCUUCUAUUCACAGCAUGGUUCUCGUUGACAACCUUCACGAAGACCUUUUCUUCCGGCGAAACUCGCCCUGGCAGGGUUUCAAGUACUGGAUACAAGGAGUAUUUGCGUCCCUCGGAUACCGAAACGCAUUUGGCAUCAUCUUCAAACGCGAAGGUCCAUUUCACCGUGUAUACGGCUCGGCGUACCAACGACAACCAAAAUAUUUCUUUGCCAAACUCCAAGAACAGCUUUCUGCCCGUACACGAACCAAGUCAGAAAUCAUCGACUCCAACGCCUCCCUUGCAAGCGACAUCCCCAUUCUCGUCAUCACCUCCUCAGCCAGCAUCCGCACCGACUCCGAGUGGAGCGACAAACAACGCCAGCUGACCAAGCUCACCUCCAACACCCUUGCAUGGGAAAUCCUCGACGGGCCACACGACCUCUGGCGCAAUGACGCCACUAAACACGAGCUCCAAAAGCUGCUCUUAGACGACAUCAAGUACAGUCGUCGCUCUUAA